GUUGGCACUUCAAUCAACCAUAUCCUAGACAGAUAUAUCAUGGGUUUGCGGUGAUUCCUUCAUUGUGGGUUCCGUCGUUUUGCUCAAACAACGAAGAACUAAACGAGCAUUCGUUGCAGCUCCAAUAAUCACAGGAUCAUGUCACACGCCAUCCUUGAUCUCACACAGCCUCUGAAGGCUCUAGUAUCGAGCAAGUUCUCAAAAGCAUAUGAAGCAAAGGACAUUGUUUUCUCUAGUACUUCCCUAGCUAUUCUGGCACCUAAGGAAGAGCUUUCGUUUCAACUGAGAUAUUGCCCAGCGCUAGCCAAGAAGCCCCAGAAGCAGGAUCCCCCUUCCCAGGCCUCGAAGAAAGGGUCCAAGUUUGAUCCAUUCGAUAAUCCAGCUUCAGAGCUCCUCAUCGCAGCCGUCCCUUCUCGAGCAGCCACCCACACCUUGGUGUUGAACAAAUUCCCCGUGAUCAAGCGACAUUUUAUCAUCGCCACCCGCGAAUAUAAACCCCAAACUGGAGUCCUCGAGAUGGAUGACCUCAGCUUGACUCAUGCCUGCCUUCGCGCGUGGGGCCAGGACAGUCACACUCCUGCCGAUCAAGGAUUGUUUGCUUUCUUCAACUCUGGGGAGCAUAGUGGAGCCAGUCAACCCCAUCGUCAUCUUCAAUUCCUCCCUGUCAGAGAUAUGGUCGAACAAGAGCAAGCAGACUUUCGUCUGCUGGUUCAUCGGAUGACUGUACCUGCGCACCCAAACUUACCGCUUUAUCAAGACCCUGCGUUCCCGAUCCUCCAUUUCUCGACUCCUCUCGAGCGAGACAUAUCUCCAGAAGACUUACAUGCCAAGUAUGUACUGCUCUUGAAGGCUGCAUUAUCUGCCUCGCGUAGUCCAGGUCAGCCGUUCAAUGACCAGAUUAGCGUUGAAAGCGAGGGAUCCACGGUCUUUAGCUAUAAUCUUGCGUUGACAACGGACAGGAUGGCAAUCUGUCCAAGAAAACAAGAGGCGUUUCAGAUUCCCUUCGCAGGGCCGGACAGCUCUGUCGCCCUGAAUGGAACGAUACUAGCGGGAACGUUGAUGGUCAAGGAGAAGGCUGAAUGGGAUGCCCUUAGAACAGACCCCUCGAUCCUUGACCGCCUCGUUGCUGAGGUUGGAUAUCCCAUGUCCUCGUGGUAGCCAUGGAUCACCGGCAGGGGCGAAAUCUUUCUGCGCAGCCUCUCCCUUUAGUUCAAGGGGCUUGCGCACAAUCCUUGGCGCACGACCUGCCUCAGGUUUACUUGCGAUGUUGGUCGGUGAAUGCAGCCAUCUCAAUGCUGAGCGGCAAUUAGCGAGAGGCUC